GUUUGCUUGUCCUUUCUCCAUUUUUUUUCUUGCUGUCGCGCGAAGUAGUUCGGAUAGAGUGGCAUUGAGUUUCUCCGUCUCCGACGACGCUGCUGUUCUGUUUCUCGUGAAGUAGAGUUCUGAAAGAGCCUCUUUGAGGCUUCUUCGCCUCAGAAGACGACGUUGUUGCUGCGUUGCUGUCAGAUCGGAAAUUGCGACGGGAGCUCACCGCGAAGAAUGAAAACCGUACUAUGCACCUUGAUGUCGAUCUUUGUUAUGAUUAGUGAUGUGGCCUACUAUUUAAUGGAUGCCUAGAGCCUUCAACAUCUUUGAUAUCUGUAUUUCAGUUACAUGUGGAACCAUAUAAAUUAUUCAUUGCGUGAGGUUUGAAGUCUAUUUUCUUAUGCAGCGUUAACGAUGGAAUUCUCUAAUAGUAAACUUCUAAGCUGUAAUGUGAAUACUAUUGUCUGUAAAAUCUUUAUCUUGUUGCUUGCCAUUUUUCUAUUGAGGACAUUAUUCCUAUCUCCUCUUCCUGGCUUUCAUUGGUUUCAACAGAAGAGGGUAUACUGGAUACCCGACAACAGUUCUUCUGUCCUGCAGCAUGAAAUUAGAAGAGACAAGUUUUUGGAGGUCCCUCAGAUUAUCUGGGGACUAAACAACCAGAAGAUAGCAUUUGCAAGGGCCUGCUUAACUGCAAGAUUGUUGAACAGGACAUUGCUGAUGCCUAGCUUGAGUGCUUCUUUAAUCUACAAAGAGAUUGAUUUAUUGAAGCCCAUUUCUUUUGAUAAAGUUUUCAACUUUGAAAGGUUCAACUCUCUCUGUAAUGGGUUUGUCCGCCUGGGUCGCUAUUCUGAUCUUCACAAUGAAACCAAGCCAUUUGAGCUCCGAAAAGGUAGCGGUCGCAAGUGGACUAAAGAGAGAGAUUUGAAUCAAUUAUAUCAGUGCAAGGAAGGCGCAAUAGAUAAGUUUGAGGUGAUUAAGGUUGAUGGAAAACAUCCUUUUCUUUGGCAUGAUCAUUGGCCUAUUAUGAACUAUGCGAGGAUCUUUGAGUGCUUGACAUUGGUAGAUGAGAUAGAAGCUGAUGUUUCAGCUGUUAUAGCUAGGAUCAAAGCUGUAGGUGCUGAAGGUAGAAGUAAAGGCAGUGAUUUUGGUAAGAAUCCUAUCAUGCCAUUUUCUUCUCAAAAUUAUGUUACCUACAUGGCUAUUCACAUGAGAAUAGAAAAAGACUGGAUGUUACACUGUAAGAACCUUGAGCAGAGAUCUAAUAUACACCAAAUAUGUAGCAGUAAAAAGGAGAUAAUGGAGCGGGUUGCUAAUAUUACAAAUCAAACUUUUCCAAUUGUUGUUUAUCUUGCUGUUGCAGACAGCCUCUUAGAAGAUGAUUCAAUAGUGAGUGGUUGGAGAGAAGGGCUACUUCCUUUUGAGAAGAAGAGGUUAGGAGUUUGGAAUAUAUAUAGUAAGCAUCCUUACCUCGUACAAUCUGCAAUUGACUAUGAGGUUUGCUUGAGAGCUGAAGUCUUUGUUGGCAACAGCUUCUCCACAUUCUCUAGUCUUAUAGUGCUCCAUAGGACACAGAUUUUACUUAAAAUGGGAGUUAGAAGCAUAUGUGGGGAUUCAAAUUUCUCUUCAUAUGCUUACAACAUCUUAGGAGAUUUCGGUGCCCCGAAGAAGUGGAUGACUGAUAUGUCAGCUUCAAGCCUUCAAACCAUCAGCUAUGGGACAAAUUACGUCUCUUGCCAUGUUUGAGCAUUUAUGUCAAUAUUUUGGAAACUAUGGAGGGAAAACGGAAACAGCUGAGUUUUCUUCAGAAAAAGGAGAGGUAUUCUACACAAAGAUGUAGCAAUAUUAUUCUUUUGAUACUGUAAAGUAGGGGAGAAAGAUUUACUCAACAAAAUGGAUAAGGGUGUAAAUUCAUAAUGUUUGCAAGGCGCCAUACCUCUUUAAACGGUUUCUGUGAUUUAAUAGUUCUGUGGCAUUUUUUCAAAGCUUCUUUUUGAUUUCAAGAACAAAGUUGAUGCUAUUUGUUACCGAAUUGAUCCAGAAUUUUUCAUUUGCUCUUA